UAGAUUCUGGAUCUCCAGGGACCUCUGAAGAGCUGAACCACUGGAGUGCCCAGCACAGCAUUGGACAUCACAGGUACUUGAGACAUGACUCCUACAGUCUUCUUGGUCAUCCUGUGCCUGGGUGUGGCCUCAGCUGCUAUAAUCCCUGAACCAACUUUGGAUACUGAAGUGCAAGAGCAGAAGGAUAAAGAAGGACUCAAAAAAGCAACGUGGAAUGAGUUUGUCAUGAAACUGAACAAUAGCAAAAAUGACCAGGAGAAGGAUGGCAUCGACAUAGAAUUGAGAGUCUUCUUUGGUCAGCUGACUGAUGAAGAACUAAUGAAAAUAAUGACUAACAUUUUCCACCCAAUGUUGGAAGAGGAGAAAACACAGCCAGUUGUUGAUGACCCUGAAUUUGAGGAUUACACAGAGAGUGGCGAUGGGUUUUUUGUACCAAAUCAGCCACAGUAACAUAGACAGCAGUAUGAAGUUAGGCAACGAGUGAAACAGCCACUGUGCUGUUGUCUAACAGAUGUCUGCCCCAAUAUGUGAACUGCCUUAUGGUGAAAAAGAAGAUCUGAACUGGGACAAGGGCAAGCAUAAAACAGCAGGGGCCUCCCCAACUCAGUAGCCCCUGACAAGUGGGAUCCUGCACUCAAGUCCCUUAAAUCCAUACUAUGAUAUCAACUCCAAAGCAUGUUCACACUAAUAAAAACUUACCAUUACCUUAA